CGAGACGUUGCAGGACGGAGGCUUCACCGCCACGAGGCCACAAAGCGAGCGAUGGUCGAAGGGAUGGGGCGCUGCAGAGCACGAUUCGCGGGCUCGGGCAUUUCUCAACGCCGUCCGGAGGAUUAUACUGCGCAGGACAUUGCCGAUCCGAGCAAGAUUAGGGCGAUUUUAGCGCCUGCUUUACCCAGAACGUAACAAUGUCGGCUGCAAUCGAUCUGCAAUGAGUGAUCAGAUUCCAUGACGGGCGAGCUUUUAUUAAGCUGCUCGUGAGUAUAUUCGCCCAAAAAUCGCAGGCCGGAAGAGAUUGACAUGGUCCCCGGGAAGAUUCGUUCAUUUUGAGAGCAUCGAUCGAUCGAGUUCUCCACCGCGAGCAGUAGUCUGUUGGUAACUGCGGUCGGUUUGGGUCGGUCAUAAUCUGGGAGUUUUUGAGAUCCAGGGAGAGGACUGGAGAUGGAGAGCAUGUCAGAGUGUGUAAUAUAGGCGGUGGUUGAAGUUAGCCCGUAGUCGGAUAGACGUACUUGUUCGGAAGCGAGCAUGAAUCAUUCGAUGGGCGUGCGGGGGCAAGUUGAGACCAGAUUCUGAGAUGCAUCGUUUGCUUACCACGAGGCGGGACGAUGAUUCUUACUAUUGCCUAGCGGUCCACUUCCUCGUAAUAAAGGACGCAUGCUCGUACGGGGCAGCAAAGUAACUCUAGCACUCUUUCUGAAAAAGCAGCCCUCAGCACGCGAUCAGAGUCAUCCCUCCUAGGGUAAGCAGAAUGAUGGUCUACGACGACUGCUGGGGACAACUCUCGGGUUAUAAAUAGAUGCCACGAGAGGGACUUGCCCCCACAUCGACGUAAAUCCCAUACACUGCCCAGCCCCUCCCUCAGCCUCUCAUGGCGGGUCUAGUUUGUUGCACGCGCCGGGAGUACCAAAUGUCGUCGACGAAUUCCGCCUAGAACCAGAGAAGGUUAUUGCACAAUUUACUCGGAAGUAAGUCAGCCCUCUGUCUUAUUGAGACUGACCGCUGCUCAUCGCGGCAAUUUCGUUUUGAGUACGUAAGCUCGAUCGAUCGAUCUAUCAUUCGAUCGCUCCAUCGUUUCGGGGUGUCCGAAUUGGACUUACCCGCAGUAGGAUCCAUGGACAAGUCUUAUGAUAUAUUCCAGCCGCCCGCAGCUGAGACUGCGCCCACUGAGAGGGGGGAAUCAGACGUGAGCGUCACGUCGUCGACGUCAGUAACAGGAAGAGUUUCGCUCCAGCGUCGCGAGAGGACGAGCAGCAAUACUACGACGGAAAUCUCCUUGGGGGAUUUGAGCUUUCCCGUGGCCUCCAACGCUGUGGCAGGGCCUCAACAUGAAUCAUCUGAUCGUGAAGAUGGCAGGGUUCUUCUGGUUCCACGGUCGCCCUCAAGCUUCAAGAUGACACCCUUGCCCGGCCGCCUUCCCACAGUGGGCGAAGUGCUGAAGAAGGUCAGAAACAUCGGGAGUUCUCCGGGAUCCAAAUCAUACAGCACUUCAUUCGAUAUGUCAGCAUCCGGAGGCGCGACGACAGGCUCGGGGGACAAAGUUGUCGACGUCUUGGCGGACACUCAGAGCUUGAACCUUUCAGAUAUCAGGAAGCACCCCUUGAUCGUGCUGGAGUUUCAUAGUCUCACGUACACGGUGAAGCAGAAGAGCGCCAGAAAGGCGAAGAACAUAAUGUCAGGAGUUCCGGGCUUGGGGCAGAAUUCAGCUUCUGUGAAUCCGAGUCAAUCGCCCGCACCCAGCACCAGCUCUCGGGUCCGCCUCUUGGACCAGAUCUCUGGAGAAGCCAGGGAUGGUGAGAUCUUGGCCGUCAUGGGUCCCAGCGGUUCGGGCAAGUCUACUCUGAUCGAUGCUCUCGCUCAGCGAAUAGUUCCCGAGAGCUUGGCGGGCACCAUCACUCUGAACGGAGAGCAGGUGUCCAAUAGCCUGCUCAAGAGCAUCAGUGCAUACGUGAUGCAGGACGAUCUGCUGUUUCCAAUGCUGACCGUCGAGGAGACGCUGAUGUUUGCAGCGGAAGUGAGGCUGCCCAGCAGCUCGCACAACACAGAGCGCAAGAAGGAACGAGUGGGCCAGCUGCUGCUACAGCUCGGUCUGCACCGAGUGGCGCACACCAUCAUCGGCGACGAGGGCCACCGCGGGGUGUCGGGAGGGGAGAGGCGCAGAGUCUCGAUCGGGAUCGACAUUAUCCACGACCCUCUAUUGCUCUUCCUGGACGAACCCACCUCGGGAUUGGACUCGACCUCGGCCUACCUUGUGAUCAAAACCUUGCAAAAGAUAGCUCAGACGGGCAGCAUAGUGAUUCUCUCGAUCCACCAACCGAGCUACAGAAUCCUGGGACUCCUCGACAGGCUCAUAAUUCUGGCGUUCGGUCAGAAGAUCUACGGGGGACCGCCGUCGGGAUUGAACUCGUUCUACGCGGCCUUCGGGCGGCCCGUCCCGGAGCACGAGAACAGCACAGAGCACGCGUUGGAUCUGAUCCAGGAGCUGCAUAGCUCACCCACUGGAAUCAAGCCGCUGGUCGAGUUUUCCAAGGUAUGGCGGGACGGAAACGAUGAGGCCGAGUGCGGGCUGAAGCCGCUGGUGGGUGGAAUGGACGUGCGCGGCGCGAUAAAUGCGAGCAUUGCAAGGGGCAAGCUAGUGGCGACACGAGGAUACAAUGAUCAAGAAGGCGGCUGCGACGUCAUGGUCGACUUGGCCAAGCUGGACUCGGCGUCGUCCAUGGUGGUGAAAUUCGCCAAUCCGCUGUGGCGCGAGGUGCCGGUGUUGACGUGGAGGUCGCUCAUCAACAUCAGUCGCACGCCCGAGCUCUUCCUCAUGCGCUUGGGCACCGUCAUGGUCACCGGCUUCCUCCUGGCCACCGUCUUCUGGGGCCUCGACCACUCCCCCAAGGGCGUCCAAGAGCGUCUCGGCUUCUUCGCCUUCGCCAUGUCUACCACGUACUACACCUGCGCCGACGCUCUGCCCGUUUUUCUCCAGGAGCGCUACAUUUUCAUGAGGGAGACUGCUCACAAUGCUUAUCGGAAGUCGUCGUACGUUCUGGCGCACGCUCUGAUUUACAUCCCGUUUCUGGCUAUUCUGUCGCUGGCUUUCUCGAUCACUAUAUGGUGGGCUGUGGGUCUAGCCGGCGGUGGCUCAGGAUUUGGCUUCUUCUUUCUGAUAACGUGGGCUUCCUUCUGGGCUGGUAACUCAUUUGUCACCCUCCUGUCGGCGGUGAUGCCCAACGUGAUGCUUGGCUACACCAUAGUAGUGGCAUUGCUGGCCUACUUUCUGCUGCUCAGUGGCUUCUUCAUCUCCAGGGACCGCAUUCCCAAGUAUUGGAUCUGGUUCCACUACCUAUCCAUCAUCAAGUACCCAUUCGAGGCUGUACUCAUCAACGAAUUUGACAGAGCUGGAAGUUGCUUCCAGAGGGGCUCCGAGAUCCUCUACGGCACUCCUCUCGCAGAAGUUCAGGAUGCAGCUCUGAUCGACGGCAUGCUUGGAUUCCUCCGCGGUGCCUUGGCGAAUACCUCCUACGCAAGGUUGAAUGCUGGAACUUGUGUUCUCACGGGCCAUGACAUUCUUGUAUCCCGAGAAAUCAUAGAACUGUCAAAGUGGGUGAAUUUAGGCAUAACGUUCAGUUUUGGGGUGUUUUUCCGAACUCUUUUCUACAUCGUACUGCGAAUGAGUGGGAAGAAUAGACGCCAUUAAGAAUGCCGCCACCGUCAGUCGAUACAUGUACUAAACUCUGUACAGAAUAAACUACUUCCUUGUAUGAUAUAAAAAUUCUUGGUGUUGAAUUCAGCUACUGAAUCCUCGAAGACUAUAUUCUCAUCAUUGGCGUUCAAACAUCUGCAUUUCGAGCAUUGAUUAAACAGAGUGUUCAUGUCUACCAAACCAUUACUAGGCGAUCAAUCAUUCUCCUGUCCAUUGGCGCUGAGCUGCUGAAAUUUCGUCUCCCUCUGAUGCCGAUGGCGCUCCAUCUUAAUUGCACAGCUGCCAGCUGAGUGUUUGAGGUCCCGUGUUUAUCUGAAAACACUCUAGAACAACC